CAAAUCACAGCGUCAACCAUACGCACUACGCACGCAGGGAGAAACACUUAGGGUUUGAAAAUCGAAACCCUCUUUUUCACAUCAAUAUUUUCAUCGUCUUCUCCGAUUGAUCAUCGCUUCAACGAGUUCUUCUCUCUCUCUCUUGCUACCCAGUUUCUGUUUUUCUGCGUCUCUUUGCUUUCGUUUUGUUAGACCCAGAAACCCUAUUUCAUCAGAAAGCUUCAAUUUUUGUUUUUCAAACAAUGGGUCAGAGUUCAAGGCCAAAGAAAGAACAGAGCUUGUCGGUUGCUGGGCGCCAGUGGGUUCGAGGCCGGAUGCUCGGAAAAGGGGGAUUUGGGUCGGUGUAUUUGGGUUGGGUCAAAAAACCCAAUAUGUGCGCAGAUGCCUUACCCCCAAUUUUCGCAGUGAAAUCGACAUUAUACUGUGAUGCGCUUGAGCUAGUGACAGAAAAUUCAAUUCUUGGCACGUUUAGUAGCUGCCCAUUUAUCAUUCACCGCUAUGGAGAUGAUGUGACUGCUGGUGUUGAUGGUAAUAAGGUAUUCAAUAUGUUCAUGGAGUAUGCUGAUGGAGGAACAAUGAGGGAUUUGAUUAACAAUUCUGGGAGUUCUGGGUUGCCUGAAUUUCAAGUAAGGAAGUACACAGAGGCGAUUUUGCAAGGGGUUAAGCACAUUCAUGAAAUGGGUUAUGUGCAUUGCGAUUUGAAGCCUGAGAAUAUUUUACUUGUCACCAAAAGUGAUUCUGGUGGUUCUGAAUUUGUGCCUAAAAUUGGGGACUUGGGUCUGACAAAGAGGGUUAUAGAGGAGCGUGCUGGAGGCACUACAAUGUAUUGGUCUCCAGAAACUGUCAUUCAAGAUAUUCAGCAGCAACCUUCUGAUAUUUGGGCUCUAGGGUGUGUGGUGCUCAACAUGUUGACUGGGAAGAAGCAGCCAUGGGAUUUGAAAGCUGGGGCGAGACCUUGGGACCUCAUGCUUCAGAUUGCUUCCAAAUCUCCCACCAUUCCUGUUUGGUUAUCAGAUGAGGCCAAAGAUUUCGUAGGAAAGUGCUUUGUGUGGAGCCCUUCUGAGAGGUUCACAGCUGCUAAGCUAUUGAAUCAUCCAUUUGUGACUAAUCUGGAUCCAGUAAAGGAACUCUUUUCGGUGUCAUCAUCGUCUUCUAAGAAGCAGAUUCUUCCUUUGGGUUCCAAGACCUGUCAUUCCAAAUCAAACCACUGUUUGCCAAAAGCCACCCGCUUUCCUUAUAAUUGGUCCUGCUUAGCUUGAUCCUUAAGUUGGUGUUUUGUAUUUGCUUUUUUGAAAGUAUCUCUCACAAAUUGGUGUAAUACUUCAUUAUCCUAAAUUUGUA